UUUCUCACUUGGAAAAGUCAGUGAGUGAGUGUGGAGGCGAGCCUGCUCUCCCCUCUGGUUGUCAAAGCGCAGUUGUUGCCUGCUAGCUCAGCUUCGUGCAGGACUUUUUCUCUCUUGCGUGAGCGGGGGAAAAAGAUGGCAUCCCAGCUGUUCAGGGUCUUGGGGUUUGCUGCACUGCUGAUAUUCUUGGCGCUUUCAGAAGUGAAGUCAGGUGAUGCCAAGAAGCUGCUCAAGAUCCUGAGAAAGAGAGAUGUGGCAGGAGUCGCUCGUCCUGCUGCCCCGUUCAAGUCCUCCGUAGCCGUGUCUCCUUCAAAAGCGCAGGAGUUUUUGGCUAAACUGAGCCGAACCAAGAGGAACAUUUGGGACCGCAGCAGACCGGACGUGCAGCAAUGGAUUAUGCAGUUUAUGUACAUGGGCUACGACGAGCAGAGGUUGGAGACAGAUCUCUCCUACUGGAUGGACUUCGCACGCUCCAACGACCACGGACGUCAGCAUCACUACGAUGAGAACGCGGCCAUUGGCCCGCGUGACCCAAACUCAUACCGACACGGCGCCAAUGUUAACUAUGACUAUUAUUAGCAGCUUGCACGCACACGAGCACCUUUCUGCCGUUGGGGGGUUCUAUGCAUACUUUUUUUUUUUAAUAUGCAAAGCAGCUUUCUCCUGCCUUCCUGUGUUCUGCUCACAAAUAAAGCCAAAGUACAAGUGA